CAGUGGUUUUUGCCCGUCUUCGCACUCACCGCGUACCUGUUUGACACAAGUCAGGUUUUCUGAACCACCUCAGCAAGAUGCACUUCAAAUUACUGAUGUGGUUGGUUGCCAUGUGUUUGCCGGGAGGAAACGCCAUCAUUUUUAAAGAAUAUCGUAUCCCGCUGCCCUUUUCGCGCGAAGAGUAUCGGAUUGCUCAUCUGUGGUCCACGGCAGAAUGGAGCCUUCUAAAUACGGGAGGUGGAGACGGAGUUGAAAUCAUCGUAAAUGAAGAGAGGGCGUUUGACAACGGCAAAACGGGUCAAUACACGGACAAAAUCUUCCAUGUUACCAGUAAAGUCCCGCGCACUAUUAGGGCUCUUUCACCGAGGGGAAGUUUGGAGGUUCAGGAAAUAUCAAAGAAUGCGUUUACCGAAGUGGAGACGGUGUUAAGCAGUCCCCUCUACAUGAAAAACAACUUUCACCUUACAACCUACACACGGCUUAAGGAGGCUGAUAACUGCCAACAGGACGACGUAUUCAACGACAUUUAUUACGAAGCUAGUUACAUGCACGGGGAGGUGAUCAACAUAGAUAUCACAAGGGACAUAGACCCCAGGGACUACAAGGAGGACGAGGAUCCUACAAAAUGUUUCACUUCAGAGAGAUUGAAUCUCACUCCUGACUGGCAGACCCAAGCUACUCCAAUGUGUGUCUACAAGCUGGUGGUGACGGAGUUCAAAUGGUGGGGUUUGUCUGAGAAAGUAGAGAAAAUGCUGGUCAAGGCUGCUAGGAGAUAUUUCAUGCAGCUACAUCGUCAGAUGUAUUGCUGGGCUGACCAGUGGUUUGACUUCACAAUUGAGGAUAUCCGCGAGAUGGAAGAAGAAAUGGAGGUUCGCCUGGAUAAGAAAAGACACCAAGGGCAGGUAACUGGAAUGAGUGAGAAUUAGUGAGAAUAAAGACGUGUAAAUACUCAGCAGUCGGCAGCGGAUGCAACAGGAUGGUCAGAAUUGGCAGACACCAGCACUACCCCUGACUGUGCUUCGACUCUACGCAUGACACAAUCUUGGUUGGAGAAACCCAUCUGAUGGCGAUGGUAAAGACAUGAUUUGCUUAUAUCACAAUUUUUGUUUAAUUAGCUCGAGAUUGCCUUCGGGAUUAUGAUGAUUAGUUCGUUGUUUCUUUCUUUGAGGUUCAUGUUUAUAAUUACACUUUGGGUCUAGUAUAAGUAGUUCUAGGUAAAGGGAUAUUCCCAACAUAUAUUUCUUAUACUCAUAUAAAGCUUUUGCAUUUAUAACUAUUGAGGAAUGAUGCGUAAUUAAUUACAAGAUGAAGUUGGGUACAUCAUUUAGAUUUUUAGUUAAUGCCAAAAGUGUACUUUAAAGAAGCCUGUUGUAACUUUAAAGGGUCCGUGUAAUGCAUAUUGCACAACAGCUCUUGACACAUACCCAUACGUGUCUCAGUCAACAUCAUAUUUCUUGUUUUCGCUGUCGCUGUGGUGCCACUUAAGCUCUUAUGCUAAUCGGAUUUCCUUAUCCAUGAAAACACUGUGACGUCAUCCCGAAAAAAGCAAACUUCAACGUUUCAUUGAUUUGUGCGUGCAAAUGCAAGAAUUCUUCGCAUUUUGCUGGCUUAAAGUGCCUUUGUUUCCCGGAUUUUUUGUGUAGGUACAUGUACCCUGCAAAUAAGCAAAUGAGCAGGCUCUCCUCACACAUGUUUGAUUACCAAAUUCGGUUUAGUUAUUUCAAAAGAAAGCACAAACCCUAUAAACAAACAGUGACUAACCUGACUGACACCACAGUCCAAAAAGCAUGGUCAAGUAGCAUUCUUUAAAAUUUCACUUUUGAACACACGGUUGCCAAAUAGUGUUCUUUGAAAAGUAUAGACGAGUUAUGUAGUUUCAUUUGUAGCUUUGCAUUUGUUAGAAAGUUGUACAAUUUCAUUUUGCGCGUGUAUUCCAGAGGACGUUUCUGCACAGUAGAAGAAGAUGUUGAGUUUUUUUCGUCAGCGUACACCUGUUACAUCUACCCAACAACCAGCCUAAUAUCCAAAUCUGGGUCCAAACCGUUGCAAAACGUUUAGCACUGCAGGAAAUUAUUUAGAGAUUGCUGUUGAAAUAAAUGGUGAAUGUGCGUCGUUAACCGCA